AUGGAUGAGGCAAAAAAUUCAGUGACUCAGGAUCAGUUUUGCUGUCCAGUCUGUCUGGAACUACUGAAGGAUCCAGUUGCUGUUCCAUGUGGACACAGUUUCUGUAUGGUGUGUAUCAACAACUGCUGGGAUCAGGAGGAUGAUAAGGAAUCAUACAGCUGUCCACAGUGUAGACAAAACUUCACUCCAAGACCUGCUGUGAGUAAAAACAUCAUUCUGGCUGAAGUUGUGGAGAACCUGAGGAAGAGAAAAUCCCAAGUUCCACUUCCUACUGGACCUGAAGAUGUGGGAUGUGAUUCCUGCACUGGGAGAAAAUACAAAGCAGUAAAAUCCUGUCUGGUGUGUUUGGCCUCUUACUGUAAAUCUCACCUUCAGCCCCACUAUGAAUCUCCUGCUUUUAAGAAGCACAAGCUGGUUAAAGCCUCCAGACGUCUCCAGGAGCAGAUCUGCUCUCAGCAUGAUAAACUCCUGGAGGUUUACUGUCGUACUGAUCAGCAGUGUAUCUGCAUGUUUUGCACCAUGGAUGAUCAUAAAGGACAUGAUACAAUAUCAGCUGCAGCAGAAAGAACUGGGAAACAGAAGCAGCUGCUGAAGAUCCAGAAAAAAAUUCAGAAGAAAAUCCAAAACAGAGAAAAGAAACUUUAUGAGCUGAUAAACGCUGUGGAGUCUCACAAGAGCUCUGCACAGACAGCAGUGGAGAACACUGAGAAGAUCUGUACUGAACUCAUCAACUCAAUUAACAGAAGAUGCUCUGAGGUGAAAGAACUGAUCAGAGAUCGAGAGAAAGUUGUAGUCAGUCAAGCUGAAAAUGUCAUGACUCGGCUGGAGCGGGAGAUUGUAGAUCUGAAGAAGAAAGAUGCUGAACUGAAGCAGCUUUCACACACAGAGGAUCCCAUCCAUUUUCUCCAGAGUUUCCAGUCUCUCUCGACUCCUGCUGGAUCUGCAGAAUCACCCGCCAUCACAAUCAGUCCUUUCCUCUCAUUUGAUGAUGUUACAGAGUCUGUAUCUCAGCUGAGAGAGAAAGUAGAAGAACUCUUGGAAGAGCAGUUUGAGAAGAUACCAGAUGAAGUGAAGGAAAUUCAGAUCAUUCCACCUCAAACCAGAGAAGAUUUUCUACAAUAUUUCUGUCGGUUCACACUGGAUCCAAACACAGUAAAUAAACGUCUCAGUCCAUCUGAGGAGAACAAAGUGGUGACCUGUGGUACAUCAGAACAGUCAUAUCCUGAUCAUCCAGAUAGAUUUGAUUAUUUCCUCCAGGUUCUGUGUAGAGAGAGUGUGAGUGGACGCUGUUACUGGGAGGUUGAGUGGAGUGGGAAUGAUGGGGUUUAUAUUGCGGUGUCAUAUAAAAGCAUCAGCAGGAAGGGACGUGGUUAUGAGUGUGUGUUUGGAUAUAACGAUCAGUCCUGGAGGUUGUUAUGUUCUCCAUCCAGAUUUUUAUUCCUGCACAAUAACAAAACAACUGAAAUACCCAUAAUGCCAAGUUCCUCUAGAAUAGGAGUGUAUGUGGAUUACAGAGCAGGAACUCUGUCCUUCUACAGCGUCUCUGACACAAUGAAGCUCCUCCACAGAGUUCAGACCACGUUCACUCAGCCCCUCUACCCGGGGUUUUGGGUUAAUCCAGGAUCAACAGUGAAACUGAAACGGAAACUCAGUGACGAUGAGGAAAACCUUGAGAUUCACCUCCAUCAGAAACACGGGAACACCAUGGAGAGGUUUUGUGGCAAAGAAGACAAGAACCACAGUGAUGUUUCUACUAAAAAUGAAAGACGUGUUAAUAAGAUUUACUCGUCCCUGUGCAGUUCUCCAACCAGCAAACACUGGACUAAGACCAGUAUUAACUCUGUUGACGUGACUCUGGAUCCCGAUACAGCAAAUUCUAAACUCAACCUGUCUGAUGAUGGAAAACAAGUGAGACACGGAGACAAACGACAGAAUCUUCCUGAUAGUCAGGAGAGGUUCAUUAGCUGCCCCUGUGUACUGGGAAAGCAGGGAUUCUCUUCAGGAAGAGUUUACUAUGAGGUGCAGGUCUGUGGAAAGACAGACUGGGCUUUAGGAGUCACCAGAGGGUCCAUUAACAGGACGGGGAAGGUGAUAUUCAGUCCGACGUUUGGAUACUGGAUCGUAUGGCUGAGGAAUAAGACUGAAUAUGAUGCUUGUGACUCGCUUCCUGUUCUUCUCUCAUUGAAACAGGCUCCUCAGAAGGUGGGGGUGUUUGUGGAUUAUGAGGAGGGUUUGGUCUCCUUCUAUGAUGUAGAUGCCAGGUCUCAUAUCUACAGUUUUACUGGUCAGUCUUUCAAGGGAGGACUUUAUCCAUAUUUUUGUCCCUCUGUCAAUUAUAGAGGUACAAACUCAGCACCACUUAUCAUUACACCUGUCAACCAUGAAGAUUCUUUUCUUACAGAAGUCAUCUUAGGUAGAUAA